GAUUGAGGUAGCUCCAAAACAUGCAUCCUGAACGCAGCUACCGGCUCUUCAGGUGUCGAAAAUCGUUGAUAAAUAUCUUUUACGUACAUGAAUAAAAAGGAGUCAUUGCUCAGUCAAGACUAUUAGGUGGAUGAGUCAUCAAAUCGUUUUUGGUGACAUGAAUAUUUUAAGUUACUAUAAGCAACACAAAUAGCACUCGUAUGAAAAACCGAACUGAGUAUGUAUAAUGUCAAACUUUACGAUAGAGUUGUGAGUGGCCAGAUUGCCAACUAGGUAUACUAAAUCUCAAAAUAGAAAAGGUAACCCAUGUAAAUGUACAAUACAGCAGUUAUAAGAGCUUUAAGCUCCUUUGGUAAACUUGAAACCCCAUGAUUCCACAAGACGGGUUCAGUAUCGACGAAACAUUUCUACUGUGUCGACAACAUUUUCAAUGAUAUCUUUUGUACUACCCUGAAUAAUUGUUGCUAUAGAAAAUCGUACCUUGAAAUCUCAAUUUGUAUGUGCAAAUAACGGUAUGGAUUGUAGUGACGCGAAUUAUGUUAAGAAAUGAUAAUUGGAAGAUAACUGCUGAUUUGGAAGAACUAUCACAUGAAAAUGAAACGUCGCAGAUUAAAAUGCAAAAAGCCCCCUCCUACGAGCAAUCCAUUAUUAUGGUGCGUCAUUUCCAGGCGGGCGCAGGCGGCUACAUCGCAUUGACUUACAAUGUCUUCGGACACAUAAUUGAGCACCCACACUCCGCGCUUGUGACCUUUCCUUAUUACGAGGUCUUCGAGGCUCUUGAUGACUAUCAGCCUUGGCUGCGCGUCUUCUUGCUACGCACUACCGAUCAAACCAAGCCGCAGACUUGGGAGCAACACUUGCAUGGAUUCGAGUGGGACGGCCAAUAUUUCAUUGGUUUGGAGUUAUUGCAUUUUAUAGUUAAUCUACGAAGCGUAAAACUCUUGGCGCUGUUUCGGGACGAAGCCAACACGGAGUAUUUGCGUUAUGCCAUUUACGAUGAUUUUAGAAUGGGGAACGUAACGGAGGCAUAUCGCAUUAAAAAGUUGGGCAUGUUCGUGGGUAAUACUGAAAAUUGGUUGAGUGCUUAUAGCGAUAAAGCUUAUAUUGGUUUUAAUGUAAGUGACGGUGAGGAGCGGCAGCGUUAUGAAGAUCGCUGUCCAAUGUUGGCGUUGCAGGGUUGGUGGGGUGGUGCGAACAUAUACUGCAAAUUACCGUUAUCAUUUCGUGGUUCCUUAGAGCUCUACAUUCGACCAUUUGACAGCGCAUUUGAAUUGAUGGAGGUGUGAAUUUCAAAUUUCUAUGGUUGAGGAAGAAGAUUUGCAUAUAUUAAAUUUUUCUAUUGAAACUCGAGUAAUUCAUUUAAAGAAAUACAUAGGUAUUACUUACUCUUACUAUGGAAGCAACUGAUUCACAAAUGAAACCUGAAGUAAUCGGAAUAGUUUGGAAUCUGAUAAUAUACGAGUAUCUGAAUAAAUUUUACCUGGAAAAGCUUA